GACGGUAAAAAAUCACAAAAAAGAAGAAGAAGAAGAAGCAGCAGAAACAGAAGCUCGCGUAGUGACGUUUAUGUGGACAAAAUUGCCCCAGAGAAUAGAGUACUUUAAAAUAUAGUGUAGGAAGCUGGUGUGGGAGAGAUUGAGUGCGAGUUAAUGUUGAGACCUAUAGAGAUCAUGUCGGACGCAGCUAUGGAGGAAGUUUCCGUGUUAUCGUCCAUUUACUGCAGAGACGGAGAGUUCCAAAUUGUUCAACAGUCUGCACAGGACGGUCUGGUGGUCCAACUCAACUGUACCGGUGGAAAAGACGGCAAGCUGAAUGUGAGCGUGAUGUUCCAUCUAGACCCCAGCUACCCUUCCUCUACUCCUCUCAUCUCCAUCUCUUCCACUGGCCUCUCUAAGUCUCACUGUCACAACAUUAGGCAGAAGCUGAUGAGUCGUGCUGCAGAGCUUCCCCCAGAACCAAUGCUUCACCAGCUGGUGGAGUACUUGCAGCAGGAAUGUAUGGAACCAACGGACGACCAACUAGCAGAUGAGGAGAAGACUGGAGAGGAGAGAGGAAAACAACAGAAGUGGACAUCGAUUCUAAUGCUUGACCACAUCAGAUCUCAAAAGCGAUAUAUUGGACUCCUGGAAUGCUGGAGCCAGCAGCUGCAGCUAGCUGGUAGACUAUUACUGGGGCAGAUUAUACUGAUUAUUCUGCUGGGAGAAAGACCUAAAAUUAAGGAGUUUUGUCGCCGUUUAAAGACAGUUAAGGUGGACGUGGAUUCUUCUGGCAAGAAAUGCAAAGAGAGGAUGAUGAAGGUUCUUGCUGAAAACCCAUCUUCUUUCCCCUGUCAACAAAGUUUCCAGGGAUUUGCAGUGACAAACUACAAGUCUUUAUCAGAGCUGACUGGUGUCUUUGAGAAGCUAAACAUGGCUGGGCUUUAUCAACAGAUGCUGCCUUCAUUAAGUGCCUGAUAGAAGAAAUGUCGCAUAUACUCCUAAUGCCUAUUCAUGUUGGAUUUACAGACCCAAAUGUAAUAUUUGCUAUUUAUUUCAAGUGUUUAUUUUGUAUCUAUAAGUUUAUAAGAGGUGCUAUUUUUCCUGCUAAUUCAAUCUCUGUUAUACUUGUUUAAAGAAGUUUAUGAUUAAACGGAUAUUUGAAUGACCCUGCUUUCCAAAUCUGGAUCUUAUAAACGCCAUACCCCAUUUCCACCCACAUGCAGUAAUUUUGACCCAUAUAUGUCCAUUUCAUACCUGGACACUAACUAUAUGUGGCACCCAUCUAUAUAAUCCAUUGCAUAUAACUGCAGUAAUCCUCUUUUCUUGUUUGUGCAGUAACCAAACUUACGAAUAGUCAUAGCUCUGUUCAGCUGUCACUUCCCUCAGCUCGCAGCAGGCAUGACUUCAUGGAAUUCUUCAUGAACAAAAUAGAUUCAAACAAAGUAUAUUUUAUACAAAUUAUAUUUAAUUAUUGUUAUCCUUGACAUGCUAACUAUCUCUAUAGUAAGUGAGGUAGCAUUAGAAAUUCGUUACACCGUCCCCCAGCAUAUAACAAAAAUUGCUGAAUGGGGUGGAUUGGAACACUCUUCAGCCUGGAAGGGGACAGGGUGUGAAGUUUGUCUUUUAGAUUUAAAGAGCACCACAUCAAGAUUAAUUGCUCUCAGGUAAACCACAGAGCAGGAACAAAAGAGCUGUGGGGCAACAAAAACGAGGAAUUUAGACCAAAUCAUGUGAAAAGCAAGGAUUUAAAAGAAUGGUGUGUCCUCUUUAAUAACCAAGCUCCAUCAUGCAUCAUAUGUUCGUAACAGAGCACUUCAGUCUCAAACUGCAAUUCUACUGUUGCUUCCUAGAAUUUCUAAAAGGAGAAUGGAAGACGGGUCUUUUCGUUAUCAGGCUGCUCUCCGGUUGAACCAGGUUCCAGUUUUAGUCUGUAGACAUCCCAUCGACUUUUAAAGAGGACACAUGCUUCCUUUUCAAACUGAAAUAAUUCAGUUGUGAGCUGUAUAAAGUUGAACUGCAUAUAUAAUGUAAUAUUUUUAUUAUUUAUUAUUGUAAUAGCCCCCCACCUCUUGAACAAUAUUCAGAGCAGCCUCAACAGGUGAUUUUCAGUUUUUUUAUUUUCCUUUUUUUUAUUUUCCUUUUCCAUCUGGAUCACCAUCAUCAUAGUGAAAUCUACAAAUACCAUUAAAUCAAAACAGAAUAUAAACAAUCAACACAAUGUUAAUCCAAACAAACAAACAUCUAUGAACAAUCUAAGAAAUGUGAAAAUUAUUUUGAAAUCAUUUACACUGCUCAUUUGAAUAAUUUAGUCUGUUACACAUAUAUUUACAUGUUAAUCUGUCUCUGAACGUAGACAAUAAUGAGAAUAAUUAGCAUUAUAAAUACCUGUCAUAACUAGAGAAAGUUUGGAAAUUAGGUAAGUAUUGAACUCAGGAAGGCCUUGAGAUUAGUGUUGACAUAGAAUUAAGCCUCUUGUGGAUGAGAAGUGGUCUUUUUAAAAAAGCGUAUGAAGAACCAAGUGUCUGUAAAUACAGCACACAGAACCUUUUACCUAAUGGAGGUUUGAAAUGUCCACGUUAUGUGAAGAUGAUUCUGUGCUUCUUUCAGGUCAUUUGACCAUGGAAAUGACUUAAGAUUACUGGUAUAUAUAUCUGUAAAACUGCCAGAUAAAACCUGUCGUCUAGUGCAUGUCAUCAAGAGUGUUUGUUAGUUGCGUACAUCUUGAUAAAUCAUUCUUGAUGCCAUGAAGAAUUCUGUUUAAUUCACAGUACAAACCCCUGUUUCUUUGAGAGACCAAGAACAUUCUGAUGAUUUGUGUAAAUUGUGUAUGAAUGGCACAUGCAAAUAAACGGUCUCUCUGAUGAGCUGGACUGAA